UACAUUCUAAAAGUGAAAAGAGAUGCCGGUGUAGUCAUCGAGACGAUGCGGAUUCGAAAGGCGACGAUGGAGGACGAUGGGAACUAUGCUUGUGAGCAUAGUCAUCAAAAAGCGUCACAAAUUGUGCAUAUCAAUAAAGCCGAAGCUCAAAUCGCCAACUAUUCAUCUCACUCUGCGUCUCUCCUUCUCUCCAUAUUUCUUUUC